AUGCCGAGUCCUCCCCCAGCCUGGGUCCAGGCUCUAAAGCCCGCCGAACCGCAGGGAACGCAGUUGCUCGCCCAGGAGCGUGCCCAGUCAAAAGUCGACGUCGAGAAGCUGGGCGAGCUGCUGCACACGAAGCAGGCGCUGCAGAAGCAAGAUGAGAUCCUCUCCCUGCUCAAGUCGGAGAAAGUAUUCGACAAGUCCCGCAACCACGUCCUCGGGCGGACCGAAAGGAUCCAGCUUGCCCUUGCCCGCGGAAAGCGCCUGCAGCAGCUGAGCAAGGUCCAUAACUGGACGGAGGCGGAAUACUAUGUUGCGAACGACCUGGUCGCUGAGCCGACUCCCUACGGCCUUCACGCUUCCAUGUUCUUGGUGACCCUACGGGAACAAAGUAACCCGGAACAACGCAAACUUUUCUACGAGAGAGCCGCGAACUACGAGAUCAUCGGAUGCUACGCACAAACAGAAUUGGGUCACGGAUCGAACGUACGGGGGCUGGAAACAACCGCUACCUGGGACCCCUCAGACCAGACCUUCGUUAUCCACUCUCCGAGCUUGACCGCGUCGAAGUGGUGGAUCGGAUCGCUGGGACGGACGGCAAACCAUGCUGUGGUGAUGGCGCAGUUGUUCAUUGCUGGCAAGAACUACGGCCCUCACCCGUUCGUUGUUCAGAUCCGUGACCUGGAAACCCACCAGCCACUGGAGAAUGUCUACGUCGGUGACAUUGGGCCAAAGUUUGGUUACAACACCAUGGACAACGGAUUCCUCCUCUUCAACAAGCUGAAGAUCCCCCACAUCAACAUGCUGGCCCGCUUCGCCCAGGUUGACAAGGCCUCAAAUAAGUACUUGAGGCCCGCUUCGCCCACGCUCAUGUAUGGAACCAUGACAUGGGUGCGCUCGAACAUUGUCCUGCAGGCCGGUGGUGUGUUGGCUCGUGGUGUGACCAUUGCCAUCCGCUACUGUGCUGUGCGAAGACAGUUCCAGGACCGGGAUGCCAAGGCCGGCGCCGAGGAGAACCAGGUCCUCAACUACAAGAUGGUCCAGAUCCGUCUGCUCCCAUUGCUGGCGACUAUGUACGCUCUGCACUUCACCGGUCGCGGCAUGAUGCGCCUCUACCAGGAAAACCAGAAGAGAAUGAACAGUGCCUCCCAGGCAGACCAGGAGAAGCGCGGUGCUGGUCCGGAAGAGCUUCGGGCUGGCUCCGACCUUCUCGCCGACCUUCACGCCACCUCGUGCGGUCUUAAGGCAUUGGCUAGUACCUCUGCCGGAGAGGGUCUUGAAGUGUGCCGCCGUGCUUGUGGUGGUCACGGGUACAGUAACUACAGCGGCAUUGGCCCGUGGUAUGCUGAUUACCUGCCCACGCUGACCUGGGAAGGUGACAACUACAUGUUGACUCAACAAGUUGCACGAUAUCUCCUUAAAUCCGCCCGUGCCGUACUCGCCGGCAAAGGCACCGGAAACGACACCUCCCGCAUUCUACAAGCUUACCUCGCCCGCCGCGAAAAGGGUGCCUCUUUCGAUAUCCUCGGCAACGACAGCGACAUCGUCGCCGCUUUCGCCUGGCGCACGGCUCACCUCACAUUCGAAACCCUCAAGCAGCGCGACGUCGAGAAGCGCUCGUGGAACAGCCUCCUCGUCAACUUCUGGCGUCUCUCCACCGCCCUCUCUCAGUACCUCGUCGUCAGGAACUUCUACGAGGCAGUCACAUCUCCCGAGCUCACCUCCUCUCUGGACCCCGAGACUGCCGGUCUCAUGCGCAGCCUCUUCCGCUUGUACUCCCUGAACACCCUAGAACGCGAAUCAUCAGAAUUCUUCUCCUCCGCCGCCGUCACAGUCCGCCAGAUCGGCCUCACCCAGACAAACGAGGUGAUGAAGCUGCUCGACCAGAUCCGCCCGCAUGCCGUGCGGUUAGUUGAUGCUUGGCAGAUUCCGGACUGGCAGCUAGACAGCAGUCUGGGCCGAUCAGAUGGCAACGUCUAUCCGGAUCUGUUCCGGAGGGCGAGCCAGGAGAACCCGGUUAACGAUCUGGUGUUUGAUCCGUAUCCCUGGAACGAGAAUGUAUUGAAGAAUGCGGUUCCGAAGAGCAAGCUAUAG